CAGGACCCCUCCCCCACUCUCUCUGGUUACCUUCUGUCCGCCCCAUCCCCCGGGAGCCCCGAACUCUGUGGCGGCUCAGGGUGUUUCAUACCGCGCCCCAAUGGAACUCCUGCGACGCCUGGUGCUCGGGAGCCUGAUGGUGGCAGGGACCACGGGGCUGGGGGUCGUGGCCUGGGCGCUGGCAAUGCCGCGGGAGCAGCGCAGGCGGGAGAUGGCCAAGGAGCUGCCGGAGACAAACCCCCUGCGCUGGGCGGAGAGGCGACACCAGAAUGAGCUGGUAAUGGCAGCGAUCAAAGAGGCAGCUGAAACAAAUGAGAAUGUGGCCCGGCGGCCUUCACCGGACUGGAGCAAGUGACACCCGACCAUCACCCUCCCAAAUGGGAGCCAAGGCAACUGGUCCUGAGACGGAGCAGGCUGCAUUUUCCAUCCCUGAAGCCAUCUGUGGUCUCCCACAGGCCAGAAUGGGAUGGACACUCCCUGGCUGUCAGCUGCUGUUAUGAUCAGUGACCAUUAUGCUGACGGGGGGCCUCUGUCUCUUAUUCCCAGCCCCUGGUUACACCCACUGGGUAUAGGGGUCAUGCAGAUCUGACAGAGCAAAAACUACAGCAUGGGGUAAAGAAGCAGCAUUUUCAGGUCUUUAAUAAACUAACCUAGUAACGUUGUAAAGACCUGUCUGUUGUCCUAGUUCAAGCAGCUGGUGCAAUGGGGUUGCUGCCUCUUAUGCUAAUCAUCAUGCCUCCCACAGAACUGAAUUUUGAUAAUAUCCAGGCAGCUGGGGGGAGAUGCCCCUCCCAGCAGGCUAAAAACUGCACAGGCUGAUAUUGUUAUUCCUCCACCUUUCCCACUCUGCUGUUGUGUCUUAUUACCCGGUGAGGGUUUGGCUUUUCUAUUGCAAGAUCUUUGGUGUAGGGUCUGUUAUUUGCUCUAAGUCUUUAAAGCCCCCAGCACAAUGGGAUCCUGGCAUGACUGGCCUUCAGCAACAGAAACAUUAAGUAAUUGUAGCUUUAUGCUUCCUUCUGUCAGUUUGGUGUACCUACUUCUCAUGGUAUACUGGGAUUGUGCACUUGGGGUAGGGGCCAGCUCUUCCCCAUAGAUCCCUGAUGGGAGCUUCUAGAUGUAGAGAAUGCUGCAGUUCAUAUUCUCAGCAGCACAGGCUAUCAUGAGUGUAGCACACCUGCCUCUUCCCCUAAGUUAAACUCAAAGCCUUGGUUCUUAUCUUCAGUGUGCUCCAUGGCUGAGCCCAAGUUGCCUAAAGCUUCAGGACCAGUAGAGCAGAGCACUCUGCUCCUCAGGCACAACAGAACUCUGGCAUCAGUUUGUCUGUACAAGAGACAGUGCUUCCCAGGGGGCUGAUCCCAGGUUGUAAUAAACUCCCCCUGGAACUAAGAAUCAACCCAAAUUUCCCCAUCUUCCACUCCAACGGUCUGGGCCACAUCUCCAACCUGCCUUUGUGAACACCCGCACAUAGAAUAUAUCAUCUCUAAAAAAACCCCAGCCAUAAUGAUAGCAGUAACAAAAAUCUUUGCUCCUCCUUGUAGAAAGAACCAGCUGUGGCAAAUGUUAGUCAUAUCACUUAAUGCAUCAUUCACAAAGAAGCCAGAUGCCCCAGGGAAUAGGGCUGUAUAAGAACCAGAAUGGAGCAGAGUUGGUGCUACUGCAGUGCAAAGGAAUAAUGAUAAUGUUGAAUAAUA